UGACGGCGGGAAAGACGAUGAGUAAAGCGCGCGCUGAAGCCGCGGCGGGAGCCCCCGAGAUCGUCCUGCGGUACCUGCAGGAGCAGAACAGGCCCUACAGCGCCCAGGACGUGUUCGGGAACCUGCAGCGGGACCAUGGCCUGGGCAAGGCGGCGGUGGCCAAGGCGCUGGAGCAGCUGGCGCGGCAGGGCAGGCUCCGCGAGAAGGCGUUCGGCAAGCAGAAGAUCUACUUCGCCGACCAGGAGCAGUUUGACACGGUCAGUGAUGCCGACCUUCAGAGCCUGGAUGCCAAAGUCAUGGCCCUCACUGCCGAGGUGCAGAGCCUGCAGCAGAGCUGCCGCCACAUGGAGGCUGAGCUGAAGGAGCUCACGAGUGCCCUGACCACGCCGGAGAUGCAGAGAGAGAUCCAGGAGUUAAAGGAGGAAUGUGCCGGCUACACCGAGAGACUCAGGAACAUCAAGACGGCCACCAACCACGUGACUCCCGAGGAGAAGGAGCGGGUGUACAGAGACCGGCAGAAGUACUGCAAGGAGUGGAGGAAGCGGAAGCGGAUGGCGACAGAGCUGUUCGAUGCAAUCCUCGAAGGCUACCCCAAGAGCAAGAAGCAAUUCUUCGAGGAAGUUGGGAUAGAGACGGAUGAAGACCACAAUGUAAAGCUCCCAGAUCCCUGAGCCCGCCACAUUGAGGUGGGCUUUGUCCCACCCUUGAGUGGAGCAGGUGGGAAAGGUGUGAACCAGAGGGUGGAGG